UUUCAUGUUUUGAAAGAGUCUCUCUCUCUCUAUAUAUAUAUAUACAUAGAGAGAGAGAGAGAGAGAGUUGUUUAAGUGAAACUCACUCCUGCAAACCCUUCAUCGACUUUAAAAAAAACACUUAUAUCAACAAGCCCUUCUUCUCACACAGUACUGUAAAAACAAAACAGUAAACCUUUUCAAACCUUCCAAAAAACCAUGAAGUUUGGCCAAGAAUUCAUAUCCCAAAUGGUACCAGAAUGGCAAGAAGCAUACAUGAACUACAACCACCUCAAAACCCAUUUAAAAGAAAUCCAACGCUUCAAACUCCGACACAAACCUCCACCACCACCUCCCACCGGCCUCAAACGAAAACUCACCCUUUACAGAGCUUUCAGCGGCUUAACCCAAAGAAUCGCUUCUCCCAGAAGUCCUUCUACCUCCUCAGACCUCGAAAACCAGGCCAUUUUAGUACAAUCCGAGCGGUCUGAUGGUGACGAUCGGUACGAAACGAUGUUUUUGAGGGCGGCGGACGAGGGAGGAGAGUAUGAGUUGGUGUACUUUAGGAGACUUGAUGAAGAGUUUAAUAAAGUGGUUAAGUUUUAUAAGUUGAAAGUAGAGGAAGUUGUGAAGGAAGCUAAUAUGUUGAAUAAGCAAAUGGAUGCUUUGAUUGCUUUUAGGAUUAAAGUGGAAGGACCCAGAUCGGAGAGGUGGCCGGAAAGUGAAGGGUCGGUGGAGAUCAGUCGUCUCGCCGCGGAGGUUGAAGCUUCUACGGCGGCGUUGUAUGCUUCUCUUCCUUCUGGGGUUAGAGCUAACAGAAGAGCUGCCAUGGAUGUAAUAGAAGAAGAGGAAUCAAUCAGCCAUGGCCACUCAGACGAAUCAGGAAAUGAUAAAUUUUCCAAUGAGAACAGAUCCAUCAACCAAAAUGCCAAGCAACACGAGCCAAAGAACUCCAAAGCCCACCCUAGGCCAGCUCCAUUGGAAAUACUUAACCAAGUGAAAAUGAACAACACUCUCGAGACUCCUAGGUCCACCAUUAAAGGCCUUCUUAGUGUUCAUAAUCCGAAAGAGAUCAAAUUCAGCAGAGAAAACCUAAAGAAAGUUGAAGAACAACUUAAGCGGGCUUUCAUUGAAUUUUAUCAAAAGCUCCGGCUUCUUAAGAGUUACAGCUUCUUGAAUAUGUUGGCAUUUUCAAAGAUCAUGAAGAAAUAUGACAAGAUAACUUCAAGAAAUGCAUCAAAAGCUUACUUGAAGAUGGUAGAUAACUCCUACCUUGGCAGUUCUGAUGAGGUUAAUAAGCUUAUGGACAGGGUUGAAGCUACAUUCAUCAAGCAUUUUUCGAACUCAAACCGAAGUAAAGGCAUGAACAUCUUAAGACCAAAAGUGAAGAGAGAAAGACAUAGGAUAACAUUCUCCUUGGGGUUCCUAUUUGGCUGCUCAAUGGCACUCCUAAUUGCCCUAAUUUUGGCCAUACGUACUCGCAAUAUCAUAGGCAAAAAAGGCCACGAACAGUACAUGGUUACAUUGUUUCCCCUUUAUAGCUUGUUUGGAUUCAUUACGCUUCACCUGCUCAUGUACGCUGGAAACAUAUACUACUGGAGGCGGUACAGAGUCAAUUAUUCGUUUAUAUUUGGUUUCAAGGAAGGAACUGAACUGGGAUACAGAGAAGUUCUCCUCCUAAGCUUUGGUGUUGCAUUGCUAGCAUUAGCAUCGGUGCAUGCAAACCUCGACAUGGAAAUAGACCCUAAAACUCAAGAUUACAAAGCAAUCACUGAACUCGUGCCUAUGGGACUUCUAGUCUUCUUGAUUGUCAUAUUGUUCUGCCCGUUCAACAUCAUUUAUCGAUCAAGUCGCUUCUUUUUACUUGCAUGUGCAUUUCACUGCCUUUGUGCUCCUCUCUACAAGGUGACACUUCCUGAUUUUUUCUUGGCAGAUCAGCUAACAAGCCAGGUGCAAGCAUUUAGAAGCCUAGAGUUCUAUGUUUGUUACUAUUUUUGGGGAGACUACAAACACAGGCAAAAUACUUGUAUGGAUAGUGGUGUCUACUACACAUUCUAUUUCAUUGUUGCCACAAUUCCAUUUGUGUCUCGUCUCCUUCAGUGCCUUCGACGCUUUUACGAAGAGAAAGAUGGUAUGCAAGGACUCAAUGGACUGAAAUAUUUCAUAACCAUAGUAGCUCUUUGUAUGAGGACAGCUUACUCUCUUAACAAAGGGCUUAGUUGGAAUAUAUUGGCAUGGAUUGCCUCUGCGAUUGCCGCGGUUUUUAGUACCUAUUGGGACCUAGUCUUCGACUGGGGUCUCCUUCAAAAAAAGUCGAAGAACCGUUGGUUGAGAGACAAGCUCCUAGUCCCACACAAGAGUGUCUAUUUUGCAGCCAUGGUUUUGAAUGUUUUGUUGAGAUUUGUUUGGUUGCAAACAGUGUUGGAUUACCAGGUUUCUUUCUUGCAUAAACAAACCUUAGCUGCAAUUGUAGCUGUCCUAGAGAUCAUUCGUCGUGGCAUAUGGAGUUUCUUCAGGUUGGAGAAUGAACAUCUAAAUAAUGUCGGCAAAUAUCGUGCUUUUAAGUCAGUACCUCUGCCUUUCAACUACGAUGAAGAUGACGACAAAAAUGAGUGAAAACAGCACAAAGCGGGAGUAUGGGCGAGGAAGAGCACACAGAGGUUUGGAGGGCCAAGAAGCAUUAAUGUAUUUUAUAUUACAAAAAAUUAUAAAAUUAUUUAUUUAUUUAUUUUAGUUGUAAUAUAUAUGUUCAUUGUUGACGGUAAAUUAAGCCAAUAAACAUAAGCAUAGUAAAUUUGCAUUACAGAAAUAAGAAUUUGUCACAAACAUACA